CUGUUACUGGUAAACAUGGCCGACCAAAACAAGACAGACACUGACUCAAAGUUUUACAAUGAAGUACUAAGCCCAUCUGAACUGUUUGCAGCCCGGUCCAGGAGUCACAAGAUCCCGGUGAGAGGACAGAAAGACUUCUUCCCUGAUGACUCAGACGAGCAAAGACAGCGACUUGAGCAGAGUCUCAAUGAGCACUGGAGCCUCAUAUCCGAGGAGCGAGUGGAGAAACUGGGAAACCUAGUGAAGGCCAAAUGGAUUCCAAGUGAGAAGAUCGUGGAGCUUCAGUCUCCAGCUGGGAAGUUUUGGCAGACGAUGGGAUUUUCUGCUGGCGGCAAGCAGUUUCUCUUCCCUGAAGAGGCUCUCUACCUGAUGGAGUGUGGGAACGUGCAGGUGUUCUACCAGGAGCUGCCACUGUCCAUUCAGGACGGGUAUGAGACAUUUCUGUACUCAAGCACAUUGAGGCUCCAGGAAUAUCAGGUGUUUGGGCAUUUGAAGAGGCUUGGCUAUUUGGUGCACAGAUUCCAUCCCAGUUCUGAGACAUCGUCCUAUGCGAAGCAGCUGAACCUUCCUCAGUCACGUGACAGAGCAGGGAAACAGCUGAAGAGAAAGCGCAGCGCCAGCCCCACCGCAACAUCCAGUCACACUGAAGCACAAGAAGAAUCCACAGCUGACAGAAUGGAGGAGGAUACAUGCGGCCAAGAAGGUCAGGAGGAUAAAAAACUUCUAGAGUCCCACCUGACUAUUUCUCCAGAAACUUCAAGCACCCAGACUGCCAUUGCAAGUCCAGGAAACGAGGGUGGGGUCAGGACCUGGUGGAUGCAGGAUGAUGUCGGGGAGCGAUCUGAUCACCAGCCCGCCUCUGCUGCCUCACGCUGGGACUUCAGCUCCAUCUCCUUCCCUGACCUGGGCUCCAGCAGGGAGCGCCCCUCCAGCUGCCUGGUAUCACCUGACCCCUCUCUGCUCCCUGGGGCUCUGGCAGUGGGGGUCUGUGACGUCGACCCCUGGAGGACCAGGAUCAACCUGCGGGAUGUCAAGAUGUCCUCGAAGGAGCUGAUGAGAGAAGAUGAGAAGCGAAGGCAUCGCUCGGACAAGGACAGAGAGGUCAGGCGCUGCAGUAACUGGGCGGAGUAUCGGCAGCUGAUGGAGAGGCGGCAGGGGAGGAGGAGUAAAGGCCGAGCGACACACCUGUGGGACGGGGAGGUCACUCCUUUACAUGACCCGAGACAACCAAUCCCCACUGGGGAGCUGCUAGAUAAAAUCAGCGUGAUUAAAUCUACACAUUUGCUUGAGGGAGCGUCCAGGUAGGCAUUGUUUCCCUUUCCUGUUAUCACACUG